CUUUCCCGGCCGCGCGCGGAGCGGGGACGCGAGCCAUGGAGAAGACGUCGCCCCCGUUGCUGGGCUGCAACAAGCCGCACCUGGAGAAGCUGACCCUGGGCAUCACCCGCAUCCUAGAAUCUUCCCCAGGUGUGACAGAGGUGACCAUCUUAGAAAAGGCGCCUGCUGAACGUCAUAUGAUUUCUUCAUGGGAACAAAAGAAUAACUGUAUGAUGCCUGAGGAUCUGAAGAACUUUUACCUGAUGACCAAUGGCUUCCACAUGACAUGGAGUGUGAAGCUGGAUGAGCACACCAUUCCACUGGGCAACAUGGCAAUUAACAGCAUCUCAAAACUGACUCAACUCAACCAGUCUUCCAUGUAUUCACUUCCUAAUGCACCAACUCUGGCAGACCUGGAGGACGAUACACAUGAAGCCAGUGAGGACCAGCCAGAGAAGCCUCACUUCGACUCUCGCAGUGUGAUAUUUGAGCUGGAUUCGUGCAGUGGGAAUGGGAAGGUUUGUCUUGUCUACAAAAGUGGAAAACCAGGGGAUGAGGAGAUGAAGCCAGAAGGCCAGUGGCUCCUUCUCACUCAGAGCUUUGAAAGCCAAGUAAAGGAGUUUGGACAUAAUGUGGAAGACAGUGAAGAAUCAGUCAAGCAAUGGUUCAGCAUGUAUAAACCCGUCACCUACAACACAAACCUGCUCACAGAAGAGACUGACUCCUUUGUGAACAAGCUGGAUCCCAGCAAAGUGUUUAAGAGCAAGAACAAGAUCUUAAUCCCAAAAAAGAAAGGGCCUGUGCAGCCUGCAGGUGGCCAGAAAGGGCCCUCAGGUCCCCCUGCUCCCUCCACUUCUAAAUCAUCUGUCUCUGGAAACCCUGUCCGGAAAUGAACACCUCCAGCUUUUCACCAGCUCCACAGUGGCAGUUCCCAUGCACAGAUGGCCCUAACCUCAGAUUCUGUGUAUGGAACCAUGGGCUUCUUCCCAUCUCGGUGGCCAAAAUCCUAGGCCUUUGCUCCCACUGACAUUAUCCAGGAGUUGGAAGGGCAUACUGAGGUCUCCCCAAGAGUUCCUCCCACAACUAGGUGGUACUGUCCUGUCUCCAGAAGCAAUAGAGAGUUUUGGAUCUUGUUUAAGUGCCCAGAUAGAUCUUAGAACUUUCCUCUGUUUCUGUACCCAACCCUCGAUCCCUUAACAUGAUUAGAUAAGUCCUCCCCACCAAAGAAACCACUGGUUUUGACCCAUGAGGCAUUAGAACUUUGCUGUUCAACUGGAAGCCACUAGUUGCAUGUGGCUAUUUAAAUUAUAUGAAAAUUCAUUUCCUCAAUUGCAUUAGCUACAUUUCAAGUAUUCAUGUUGUUAGUAGAUUCCGUAU